AUGGAGUCACCUGAAAAUCUAGACCAAGUCAACGACGGCGAAUUAAUCCCAGAGUCUGCCUCUACAGACACUCAAACUCUUGGUAUCCAGCCCAUCGUUGAGCGCCAGGAUGGUGUGCCUAGCCCCGACCAUUGUGUAGAUGACGCGAUCGAGACAAAGACUCGCCAAGUUACCAUCAAUGAUCUUCCGCACGAUAUUCUCAUGAACAUAUUCGACGAACUCAGUCCAUGUAUGAUUGCUUGUUUAGGGCUUACUUGUCGCCGCUUCUAUACUUCUUGCAAGAUUUAUCACCCGAAACCCUUCAGCCUAGCUUUAUAUGUUGAUCAAAAGUGCAAUCAAGAUCUAUCCGUAGCCUUUUGCAAUCCAUUGGGCUGUUGUCAGUUUUCCGACAAAACGACUUUCACUCCAAUGUAUAGCACAGUUAGAAGUUGGUAUCAAGACGCACCCCUUCAAAUUAUCCGUAAGCAGUGGUAUCCUCGUCAUGGAAAGCAUUUGGCCGACUUGAUCGAAAACUGGCAGGGACUCUGUCAUUAUCGGAAAACUUGGUUAGAUAUUGGGAGGUACCCUUAUACAUUCUUCUUUCCAAGAUACCUUUCGAUAUCUGUCUACAAUCCCACCAAUGAGAAUUGCAAGGCAAAGCUGGCUCUCCAACAUAGAUAUAGAGACCACUUUCUCCAUUUACCUCUGUAUGGUGAUACCCGUGUUCUACGACUUACUAGGUCGUACCGAAGAUUGCGAGGUGUACCAAGACUUGCUCUACCAAAUCCUCGCCAAAUGGAACCUCGAGCUUGGUUCCUUGAAGCAAAAGAAUUAAUCUUAAGGGACAGAUACAAUCAUGUGCGGAAGAGCAGAUGGAUAUACCACUGGAGAGACUAUACCGUUGGGAAGGGCUGUCGAGAUUGGCCCGACCAGGACAUAUAUGACAUAUUCUGUGACUGGAACGCAAUGAUUGGUUUGUAA